CGGACAUUGUGAGUGCUUUACAAAUUCCCCCCGGACGCUAUUUUUAGCACAAAAAGGAGGACAUGUCCGGGUAAAUCCGGACGAAUGGAUUUUCCAGGCCUGGACUUGCGAAAGCCCACCAGCGCUGGUGAUGAGAAGCGACUCCUAAUCAGCCAUGGAAGGGUUACAGAUACGGCAGGCCUCCAGAGGGAGGAGUCUCCUUAGGCUCUCGAUGAUGGAAGUGAAGUGGAUCCAUGUGGCACUAAUCUUCUUUUUCCUGCUGUCUGUGGCCAUGAUGGGCUGCUUCUUGUGGCAGUACAGCCUCCCCAAGGAGGAGCCCGGCCCAUCUGCAAUGGAGGUGAGAUCAGAAGCAAUUCAGAUGUGUCCCCGCUAUCCAGAACCUGUACCACUGGACCACCCAAUCCCAGUCCUGAAGGAUGCGCUGGAGAAGGUGGACAUGCUUCUGCGCCAUAAAAUCCAUAGCCCAGGCCUCCCUGCCAUGUCUGCCAUUGUUAUCUACAAUGACACUGUGCUCUGGACAGGCAACUUUGGGAAGAAAAAUGGCUCUGAUCCCCUCUCAGCAAUGCCCAAUGAGUACACCAUUUACAGGAUUGCCAGCAUCUCCAAGAUCUUCCCCACUAUCAUGCUCUACAAACUGUGGGAGGAAGGGAAGGUGACCUCUCUGGAUGACCCUUUAGAACGUUAUGCCCAGAGCUUCAUUAUUAAAAAUCCUCUGGGGCGACUCAAGGAAUCUGAACAAAGAUACACAGCGGAUGGACUGAUCUUCCUGGAGAAGGGGUCGCUGCCCCUCAAGCCAUCACCUGUGACACUGCGCAGGAUGGGUAGCCAGCUCUCAGGGCUGCCCAGGAGGCUGCGGUCCACCAGUCUGCUGUGGAGAGGAAGCACACAAGAUGCCCUGGCUCUCCUGAAGGAUGAUGUUCUGGUAGUCGACCCAGGAACCAGGUGCCAUUACAGUAAUUUGGCCUUCUCUCUGAUGGCCCACGUGUUGGCAGAACAUGCCGCCGAAGGGGAGUACCAGCGGUGGGUCUCAGAGAAUAUCCUGGACCGCUUGGGCAUGGAGGACACUGGCUUUGAUAUCACACCACCAAUCCGUUCCCAAAUGGCCGUCGGGUUCUAUAGCAGUGGGCAGCCUGCCCCCCUUUAUGACUUGGGCUGGUACAGGCCAUCUGGCCAGAUGUACUCCACAGCUGCUGACCUUGCCAAGCUGGCAAUGGUCUUCCUAGGCACCUACCACCGGCGCCUUUUGGAACCGGACACAGUGAAGACGAUGCUGACGCCCCUUUUUAAGUGCUCCAGUGAAUACUUUGCCAACAAGACUGGCACCCCCUGGGAGAUCAAUGAGCAGCUGGGCCAUGAUAUUAUCAGGAAGGAUGGCGACCUCGAUGGCUACUCAGCCACCUUCUCCCUUGUCCCCAAGCUCCGCUUAAGCUUCAUAGUGCUAAUGGCAGGGCCUAGGCCCCAAGGGGGAGAUAUUGUGACUCAGACAUAUGAGUACCUUAUCCCUGCCAUGGAGACAGCGUUCCGGGAGGCAGAGAAAAGCCUGAGCCCUCCCCCAAAUCCCACCCCUUAUGUUGGCUAUUACACUUACUCCAACCUGACCUUCUACGAGAUUAAAGUUGGGCCCACUGGGGUUCUGGUCAUGCAACAGUUUGGACCCCAUAUUGAAGAGCUGAUCCCUGAAAACUACCGGACCAUCAAGCUCCACCACCUGGAAGACCGAGUCUUCCAGGUGGUUUUUGACAAGGAGUUCCCGUGCAUUCUGCGGCUGGGCUCUGCCUCAGUCUCACUGGAGACCCAGGAUGGGCAGCUCUUUAAUUUCUAUCCUUUUGACCGCAAGGGUUUGUCUCCCGGCUUUGAUGCCCCAGGACUAAACACGUACAAUGUGGUGCGCAUCCAUCGCAAGCCCGUGUUCUACAGCUAACCGCCCUCGCUCCUGCGUGACCAUGUGUGGAAGUUGGCUUCUGUUCUGUGUGUCCCCGACUCGCCUGCCCCCAAGGCUUUGGGGAUGUAGCUUAAAAGGGAACGAUGCCGGCAAACUGACUGACCCAUCCAACAAAAACGCUCUCUUCUGAAAUGACUGCAAUGGUUUGUGUCCCGUUGGCCCUGCAGGGCUGUGCUGGCAGCUGGGGCAGCCUGUAGAAACGACAUGCUGGAUAUGUUGGAUGUCUGGGAUAUGGACUCCACUGCAUACUUCCCAGCACUUCAAUCUUCCAGUGCUAAAACUGCCCAUUUGGCCACCAUCACAAAGCGUGACCGGCUUCAAUGGACCAUUGGGAAUCUCCCACGCUUGUGAGCCAGAGUCUAUUCUGGUAUCCAAGGGUUUUUCAGGCAGCUAUCCUCUUCAGCAGCCCAGCUACUAGGAUCAAACUGCCUUGCCCAUUCGGGUUUGCCAUAAUCUGACAUCCUAGACCACUUUGUAACAUCUAAGAGAGAGUGGGGUCCAUCUCUUCCAUAUGGCUGAGUGGGGUACAGCAAGCAACCUGCAUCUGUGUGAGUGGUAGGGAGCCGUGUCGUUUCACUAUGGGCUGUGUGGGUCCACAAAGGAAAUCGGAGUGUUUAGAUACAGAAGGUCAGAGAGGAUUAGAUUGGUUGGUGCUGAAGUACUAUAGUGACAAGAGCUAUGCGAGUACCUAGAUAAGUAGCUGUACUCUGAGUGCAUGCAGAUAUGGGAGUGUAUGCGCACACUUGUAAAAAGUUGGUUUCAGGGCUGUGUCUCUAGGUAGAUGUCUGUGUGUAGGAAUGCAUGGACGUGUGUGUGUUGUGGGCAUUGGUGUGUGUGCUGUAGCCGGCGUGCCUCCCUGUGGGGGUUUGUAGUUGUGAGUACUGUGUGUUUUGUCCUGUGUUGUGGCUCAGAUGUGAGUGUAGAUCCCUGUGUGUGCAUUGUGAGCGGAGACUGAGCUGUGUCAGGACUGUGGCUCCAAUGGGCUCUAACCUUUCCCAGUUUCCCACAUGUGGCUGGAUGAAGAAUUAGCUAGAACACAGACUGAAGACACAUGAUAGGGCACUAGCCUGGAACUUGAUCCCUUUAAAUUAGGGCCACCUUCAAGUACCUUGUAAUGCCACUGAUGCAUUUGCCUUCUUCCUUGUACUCACGUGGCUGCCUAGGCAGGGAGUACAGAUGACACACAACAAGUUGCUAUGUUAAGGCAUUUGCUUUUAUCCCGCCCCUGGGGGAAGCUGGCAGUGAUGGCAAAACGUCAUAUCAGUGCGAGGGGAGCAGAGGCUGUAGGAACAUGACCGUCAGCAGAGGAAGGACUCCAGCUGACAGAGACCUUGGGCUGAGGGCAGCAUCACUGCUUACAGCCCUGCCUGGAGCCUGAGUUCAAACCCAUCAAAGGGCUGGAGCUAGAUAAAUGUUACCAUUGUGAUUAAUCACCCUCACUGCUGAGUGCUGUUUCAGACUUGGCAUGCGCUGUAUAGUCCUGAAAUACUUGGCUGUAACAUUGCUCCUCAGUUCAAGGACUUUUCGGCAGUGCAUGUUCUCUAGAACCUGCCCUGGUCUCUUGUGGCCGGUUAAUUUCCUCCACUUGGUCAUAAGCCCUUGUUGGCAGCCAGCAGUGACUGCAAGGUGGUGUUCUGCUGUUCAUUCUUGCAGGAUUUAGGAGACCCUGGCUCACCCUCAGGAGUUCCCAGAGCUGGAAGACGUGGAUCUUGUCCUCUCUGCCUCUCUUCCUGUUCCCCUGUCUCUUCCUUUCCAUCCUUCCCAUCUUCAAGUUCACUAGGAAAAGAGGAUAUGAACAGAGCCUAGAAAUCUGUGAUUUUUACCCCCUCUCCACCUCCCUUGUUCUCCUCCAUCUAAGCUCACCAUUAAACAUAGGCUCUGAUGUAAGGAUGCCCCACUGCUCCAUCCAAUCCCUGGAGUCACAGUUGUUGCUGCAGUGCAGUCUUGGUCCCAGUGUUGUUCUCUGUAGGCGAUCACUGCUCACACCUUGUGCAUCUUCCGAUGGUCAGAUAUUUACACUGUGCAAUAACAAUAAUAUUAAACCCUGUCUAAAUUCUGACUGCUUCUGUGAGUGCUGGUGCCUGGAACACAUGGCUGCAGACAGUGACUACUGGACUGAGACUGGUAUAUACAACUGACUGCAAUGCUCCUCUAGACCCUUUCUGCAAAAUGCAGCUUUCGGGAUUUUGAGCUCAUGGCAAGUCCUCUUAUGCUGACCUUAAACCACAGAACCAGCUGUCUGGUUCAGUGGCUGGAACUUCUCUGGUCCUAGUGUACAAGGGGUUAAUCCUCACUCACCUUCCAUUUCUUCUAGCACUGGGGGAAGGGCACAGUGUACGUGGAUUGCUUAGGAGAUGGGGUAGGAUGCCUUUGGGAAAAUGGGGCUCUGCAUUCAGAGGCCAAAGGUCAGGGCUGAGCCCCCGGAGCUGGGCAGUGUCUGUUAUAUCAAAAUGUUUUACUUUCCUGUUAGCAAGGGCUUCUCCUUGGGGGUCAAUGUUAAUAGUGAGCAUUUUUAUCUUCUACUGAGUCACUCCUCCAUCUUAUGUACUGGGCUGAACUAAUACUCCUGUUGGCACCUUGGUACCCACAGAUGCUACGGAAGCCUGUCCUGUGUAUUCUACAGCUUUAUUUCCUAAAUAUAAAUGAGACACAAUAGUCAUGGUCUAGUUUUGUAAAUGAGAAUUCACCCGAUAACCUGAAUUUUAAAUUAACAGAGCUUUUCUUGGGGGCGGGGGGAAGGAGAGGAGAGACUAUAAAAAGAUCUGGAUUUAUGGGAUCUGAUUUGCUCUCAUUCCCACUGGUAUAAAUAGUGACUAGCUCCAUUGAUGUCAGUGGAGUAACACUGGCCAAAAAAAAUUGAUGGAAGUGAGAGCAAGAGAAAACCUGUAAUUUCUA